UCGGUUAUUUUUACUGGGUGGCAACCUUUGCUUUCUACUGGCAAAAGUGAAUCAGAAUGAAAUUAACAAAACGAAAUUAAUAAAACGGUAAAAAAAGUGUUUUAUUAGAGUAAUUUUGAUCAAAGUAACCACUAAUACUAAGGCGAAAUCACUCUACGUGCGUGUGUGGUGUGUGGUGGUCGCAGUAAAGACUCGAGUGCGUGUUUUUAAGCACAUCAAAGGCGUAGAGAAGCAUCGAAAACAAAGCCAUGUCCUCGCUGUCCGCAUCAGCGGAAAAUGUGUCCACAAUGGGCAUUGGCGGUGGCCAAGACUCCGGCUCGCACCACGGCUCCGACGGCGGCUCCAGCAUGUGCCUCGAGCUGGCGCUUGAGGGCGAGCGUCUGUGCAAAGCGGGCGAUUGUCGGGCGGGCGUUGCCUUUUUCCAGGCUGCCAUACAGGCGGGAACAGAUGAUCUGCGCACGCUUUCCGCCAUCUAUUCGCAGCUGGGCAACGCCUAUUUCUAUUUGGGGGACUAUGCCAAGGCCAUGCAGUAUCAUAAGCACGAUCUAACGCUAGCCAAGUCCAUGAACGACAAACUGGGUGAGGCCAAGUCAUCCGGCAACCUGGGAAACACUCUGAAAGUAAUGGGGCGCUUCGACGAGGCAGCAAUCUGCUGUGAACGCCAUCUGACACUGGCUCGCCAGCUGGGGGAUCGGCUCUCCGAAGGCCGUGCACUCUACAAUCUUGGCAAUGUGUAUCAUGCCAAGGGUAAGCAUUUGGGUCAGCGUAAUCCGGGCAAGUCUGGUGACGAUGUCAAGGAGGCGCUAGCCAAGGCUGUCGAGUUCUAUCAGGAGAAUCUGCAGCUAAUGCGUGAUUUGGGCGAUCGAGGUGCACAAGGACGCGCCUGUGGAAAUCUGGGCAACACGUAUUAUCUCUUGGGUGACUUCCAGGCUGCCAUUGAGCAUCACCAGGAACGCUUACGCAUUGCUAGAGAGUUUGGAGAUCGCGCUGCGGAACGUCGCGCCAACAGCAAUCUGGGCAACUCGCAUAUCUUUCUGGGCCAGUUUGAAGAUGCCGCCGAGCAUUACAAGCGCACACUGGCAUUGGCCAUGGAACUGGGCGAACGUGAGGUAGAGGCUCAAUCUUGUUACAGUCUGGGUAACACGUACACUCUGCUGCACGAGUUUACCACGGCCAUUGAGUAUCAUCAUCGGCAUUUGGCCAUAGCACAGGAGCUGGGCGAUCGAAUUGGGGAAGCCCGUGCCUGCUGGUCAUUGGGCAAUGCUCACUCGGCCAUUGGCAAUAAUGAGAAGGCUCUGCAGUUUGCCGAAUCCCAUCUGCAGCUGGCCAAGGAACUGCAUGAUCCGGUCGGCGAAAGCACAGCGCGUGUUAAUAUUUCCGAUUUACGUAAACUGCUGGGCAUGCCAGAGGCGGACCAUACGCCAACUCCGGAGGAGGAACGCUCAAGCGCAUCAGAUCACUCUGCUAGUGGACAUCAAUCAGAUGGUUCUGAGAACUCACAGGGACGCAUGGUUCGCGUGCGCCGCCAGAGCAUGGAGCAACUGGAUCUUAUCAAGAUCACACCGGAUGGCAAGCGCAUGCAGGAGGAGAAAAACAAGGCGGCCACAGCCGCCAACACAAAAGCCAAAGAGGACGACUUCUUCGAGAUGCUUUCGCGUUCGCAAUCGAAGCGCAUGGAUGACCAGCGUUGUUCCAUCAAAAUCAACACAGGCGGCGUUGGAGUAGCGACAGGUGCAACUCGGAAACCGCUUGUGCAGCAAAACUCGAUGUUUGUGGAUCCCACAAAUCUGCCGGGUCUGAAGUCGCCAUCGUCUGCAAUGCCGCCAGCCAUUGGCCAUGCUCCGUUGGCACGGAGUGCAACAACCACACAACAGCCGGAUGAUGCUUUCCUGGACAUGCUGAUGCGUUGCCAAGGCUCGCGAUUGGAAGAACAACGCUCUGAGUUGCCCCGGCCACAUGUCACCAUGGAUGCGGAGGCGCCACAAUUACAGGCACCACAGGCAGCAGCUGCGUCUGGUGCUCGGGGUCAGUCUGGACGUGGGACCACCGUGCCCGACGAGGAUUUCUUCUCGCUUAUCAUGAAAGUGCAGAGUGGACGCAUGGAGGAUCAGCGGGCAUCCAUACCGUUUGGUGGCUUCAACAAUGCUCAGCGAAAUGCGCGAGGCAACAAUAAUAAUAAUAAUAAUAGUAACAACAACAACAAUGCUACAGGUGGUGUAGGUGGUGGUCCUGCUGCCAAGUAGACGUCCCAAUCAAGCUGUCCAUUUAGGCUGCUGCUCUUUCAUCAUUUGUUAUACGUACAUUUUGGCCAUUGCAUGCCUAUUGUCCCACUUUUGGUCAAUUGGCUAUUGGCUAUUGGCUGCUAAGCAUAUGAUUUAAGAAUUAUACAUGAAUUUUAGUUUGAUACCGACUAACAAAAGUAACCAAAAAUGAUGCAUUCUUCUACUGUUUUCUAAAGUGCACUCAGAUGCAUCUCUCUUCCAUUUUGAUGCAUUUGUUGAUCACACACAAAUAAACAUAUACAUACAUUUAUACUCACAUCUAGUAGAGACGGUUGAACAAUAUGAUAUUGCGCUUUUUAAAUGUCCAAAAAAUUAACACAACUUUAAAGAGAUAUUAAUGUUUUUAAAUUGCAUGCAAAGCACAUACUACGAUAAUGUAACUAGUUUAGGUCCAAAAUAGCUCAAUAGAUUAAUUGCAUAUUCGCUAUACUUUGCUAUUCUUGUAGACAUCAUAGGUCUCUCUUUAAUCUCUAAAUAUACCCAUCCAUACAUACAUACAUACAAACAUACAUAUAAGCAAUUGCAUUAUACAAACACUUUCCAAUUGUAACUUGAGUAUUGCAUUUUUCUACUGAAACUCUUCUCAAAUACAUAUACACAUAUAUAUUUAUAAAUCCGAAAUACAUUAAAGAACUUACAUAUUUUACUUUAAUUAUUUGAUUUGAUUUAGAUUAAAUUUUUUCUAUAUUUUUUCUCUCGAGAUAUUUACGACUGUCAUGGGUUAAAUUUUAAGACCCGACGCCGUUUUAGAAUGUAGUCUACCAUAUACACAAUACGGAUACCAUUCAGAUAUCUAUCUAUACAUAUAUAUAUCAUAUAUAUAUAUAAAUUUACACACAUGCAAAAAAAAAAAAGAAUACCGAUCCGAGGUUGAUUGAUUUAAUGAGAAAAACAACAGAGUUCGUGUUGAAUGAAGUGAAAAGCCAAAAUUUUUAAAUGUUAUUAAUGAAUGUAUAUUGAUAAUGAACAAGGUCAGAUCAGAUCAGAUGCUAAUUAUAUUGAUAUAUGUAUGAAAUGUAUUAUUAUAAUAUAUUAAAAUCCCAAUUGGUUGCUGACA